AUGAUCCAACUACUCACGCUCGCUUCUCUGGCCUCAGCGGCUCUUCUGGAGGCCCCCAUUGGCUACCACCAAGUGGCCGGACAGAACUUCAACACCGUCAAACUAUCAGUGGGCUCGCCGGCCCAAUCGCUGACUCUGGUACUCGAUACGGGAUCUUCAGACACGUGGAUGCCGGCCCCAAAUGUGUCCGGCGCUCUCGAUUCUUUCGACCCCACAAAAUCAUCAACAUUUGCCUACAGACAACCCCAGCAGUAUUUCGCCAUGAGGUACGGGGACGGGGCCUACGCAGGGGGCCACUGGGGCAGUGAUACCGUGUCGGUGGGUGCGGCGGAGGUCUCCGGCAUGUCUGUCGCCGUUGUGGUGGACACAAACACAGAAAUUGGCACCUUUGGCCUUGGUCCGCCGGAGUUGUCGUCUUCUUUGAUUCCCAAAUUCAACCAGCCGACGUUUAGUUACGAUAGUUUUAUGGAUUUGUUGGGGAGAUCAAGUGGAGGAUUGAGCGAGUCAUCACAAUCCUUUUUCCUGGAUUCAGCUCGUUCCACAAUGGUAUUUUCCACAUGGCUGGCCGGCUCUGAACGCACCGGAGUGCUCACUUUUGGCGGUUAUGACAAGAGUCGAUACCACGGAGAACUGAACUGGGUGCCGAUUGUUUCGGGAAUUCAUUAUCAGGUCCAGAGCGAGACUAUUGCAGUCAAUGGCGACAUCUAUCCUCAUCCUGGCAUCUAUCAUAUUGAUACCGGGGCUGAGAGUCUUCAUCUGCCGCAAAAGUUGUUUGAACUAGUCGUACGGCAGUUUGGAGGAGCCGUCACUGCCGGCGGCAUGAUUCCUUGCAAUUCGUCUCUUCCCGAAGGCUCUAUCACGUUCCGAUUUGGCCACGGGUACAUUUCUGUUCCGCUUUCCGACCUGGUCAACCCGCUCACUUUUGGAGGAAAACCAGCGCGGGACGAACUUGACCGCGAAAUUUGUCGAUUCGGAGCUCAGCCAAGCUCUGCCCUCGUUCUUGGAGGAGCCUUUUUGAGAUCGGCAUAUGUGGUUUUCGACUGGGAAAAACAGAGAAUUGGUCUGGCCCAGGCUAAGACGACCGUGGGAGAUUCGAGAGAUUUUGUGGUGGUCAAAAGGGGUCUGAAAGGCGCCAACAGUUCGACAAUGGGUCUUCCCCUUCAGGCCAACGAAGCGAGAGGUGUCGAUAGAUCGGGUCUUCUUAUGGUCGUUGGAAUGUUGUUUCUUUUUAUGUAA